AUGGUUCAUUACUGCAGUGUUUACGAUUGUAAAAAUAACUCAACUGAUAAGGAUUUCUCAUUUCACGGCUUCCCGAAGGAUAAAAAGCUCGUAAAGGUAAGAAAUAUCGCUACAAUCAACUGAAAUAUUUCGGCGGGUCGAACGAUACCCUAGUUCGUUUACGGCGUUCGCUCAGCUAGCAACAUAAUUUGUUGUUGUUUUUAAGGUUUGGAUUACCCAGAUAAAAAGAGAUCCGAAGAAAGAUUUUAAGGUGACUGAAAGUAAGAAAGUUUGUUCUGACCACUUUACACCGGAGGAUUUUAUCUCAUCUGCGAGUCAGAAGAGAAAAUUAAAGAAAGGUGCUUGUCCUUCAGUGUUUUCAUGGACUUCCCAAGCGCAAGAAAGGUCCUUACCUGCAAAGAGAUCAAAACUUCAGGAAGAGCAAGAAAUUCUAGAAGCUGAGAUAACAGCCGCAGCAUUAGAGGGAGAAGGGAAGUUUGAUGAAACAAACUGA